UUCCGCUUCCGCCUUCUCACUCCUCCAGCUUGUCCUCCGAGCGCAGUCGCCGCCACAGAGGCUGCUGCCGGGCGCGGUGUCGGUGGGUUUGUCGGUGUGUUUCUCAGCGUCGGUGUCUGUGCCGUUGAACUGCCCGCCAUGGCUGAACUUGAUCCGUUCGGCGCCCCUGCCGGCACUCCCGGCGGCCCCGCUCUGGGGAACGGGGUGGCCGGCGAAGAAGACCCGGCCGCGGCCUUCUUGGCGCAGCAGGAGAGCGAGAUUGCGGGCAUCGAGAACGACGAGGCCUUCGCCAUCCUCGACGGCGGCGCCCCUGGGCCCCAGCCGCACGGCGAGCCGCCGGGGAGUCCGGAUGCUGUUGAUGGAGUGAUGAAUGGCGAAUACUACCAGGAGAGUAAUGGUCCGACAGACAGUUACGCAGCUAUUUCACAAGUGGAUCGAUUGCAAUCAGAGCCUGAGAGUAUCCGUAAAUGGAGAGAAGAGCAAAUGGAACGCCUGGAAGCCCUUGAUGCCAACUCUCGGAAGCAAGAAGCAGAGUGGAAAGAAAAAGCAAUAAAGGAGCUGGAAGAGUGGUAUGCGAGGCAGGAUGAGCAGUUACAAAAAACAAAAGCAAACAACAGAAAUGCACAUCUAAAAGACAACCUGAGAGUCUCUGUCGGUGACCACUCCGGGGAAGCCUAGUAGAUCCUGCGUGUUGUGUAGUCCAGAACCAUGCUGGCGGCCCCGAGCAGGGCAGGAUCCACCAAAUCUGAAACCACCACGUCCACAUCCUGGACCGAGGACAAGGCUUGCUGGCGGAUGACGUCCUUGACAGUGUGGAUAUAGUGACUGGCUAGGAUUCCAGAGAGGAUCACCAGGGAAGGAUUCACAGUGUGGAGGAUGUUCACAACCCCAAGACCCAAAGCUGUUCCAGCUACAGAAAAAUAAAAAAAUAAGUUUCAGGAAGAGAACUAAAUUAAAAGUGCCGAAGAGGAAGAUGGAAAAGAGCCAGCAGCCAGGAACAUCCACACUAUGUAAUAAAAAGUACCUGAAGCCAUACUUUUAAAGCUAUUCAUGAUUUUUUUUUUUUUCAGAGAGAGGAAGGGAGAAGUAGAGAGGGAUAGAAACAUCAUUGAUCAGCUGCCUCCUGCACACCCCCCGACACACACACACACACACACACACACACACACACACACACACACACACACACACACACACACACACACACACACACACA